UAUAUAUACACACACGCACACACACUUUCUCUGCAGGCAAUCAUGAUUUAGAUGUGUUGAAUGUGUGUGGAACUGUGUGCACCUUCUCAACUUAAUUCCUUCAAUUCAAUUCAAUUCAAUUCAAUUCAAGAGAGAGGUAUUUGUGUGUGUGUUUUCUUUCUUUUGGCUCACUUCAUUUUGCAUCACUAUGAAUGAAAUGGGAAGUGUUAGAGCAAAAAAGAUAGGGUUUUUCCCCAUCCCAUCAUCUUCUUCUUUUCUUCUUGUGGUGUUUGCAUUUCUCUCUCUACAAUGUGAAGCCACUUCUUUAAACUACACCAAAUUCUCACAAAAAGUCAGCAGCUUGAGACUUGAGAGGAUUCAGAGGCAUUUGGACAGCAUCAACAAGCCCCCUCUCCUCACCAUUCAGAGCCCAGAUGGAGAUAUGAUAGAUUGUGUACAUAAAAGAAAACAGCCAGCAUUGGAUCAUCCUCUUCUCAAGAAUCACAAAAUUCAGAAAACGCCACCGGAAAUGCCAAAGGGGAUGAAAAUGGCGGAAACCGAUGGUGUAGGAGAGAGAAACAGCAGUAGAAAUGUGUGGCAAAUGUGGCAUCAAAUGGGGCGCGGCUGCCCCAAGGGAACCGUGCCGAUACGGCGAAGCACGGUGCAUGAUGUGCUAAGGGCUAAAUCCCUCUAUCAUUUCGGGAAGAAAUCGUCCAGAUAUGCGGCCGCGAUCGCGGCCCGCCGCCGCGCCGACGCCCCCGAUGUUGUUAGUGGCAAUGGCCACGAGCAUGCGAUAGCGUACACAACGGGGUCGGGAGAGGUAUAUGGGGCAAGAGCGACAAUAAACGUGUGGGACCCAUCGAUAGAAGAGGUGAACGAGUUCAGCCUCUCCCAACUAUGGGUUCUCUCGGGCUCAUUUGAUGGCUCCGAUCUCAACAGCAUUGAAGCCGGCUGGCAGGUUAGUCCGGAGUUGUAUGGUGAUAGCAGACCAAGACUCUUCACUUAUUGGACGAGCGACUCAUAUCAAGCAACGGGGUGUUACAAUCUCCUAUGCUCCGGAUUCAUACAAACAAAUAGCCGGAUAGCCAUCGGAGCCGCCAUCUCACCGGUGUCAUCCACCGGCGGAAAUCAAUUCGACGUCACCAUUCUCAUAUGGAAGGACCCUAAAUUGGGAAAUUGGUGGAUGAGCUUUGGUGAUAGCACAUUAGUGGGCUAUUGGCCCAACGAGCUAUUCACCCAUUUAACGGACCGGGCCACGAUGGUCGAAUGGGGGGGCGAGGUUGUAAAUUCCAGGCCCAAUGACCAGCACACCUCAACCCAAAUGGGCUCGGGCCAUUAUGCGGAAGCGGGCUUUGGCAAGGCAAGCUAUUUUCGAAACCUAGAGAUCGUCGACUCGGACAACAGCCUUAGCUCGGCCCGAGAUAUAUCGACAUUGGCCGAGAAUACGAAUUGUUACAACAUCAAGAGUGCCUACAACAGUGAGUGGGGCACACAUUUUUACUAUGGAGGACCCGGGAAAAGCCCGGAGUGCCCGUGAUAGUAGGGCGGGCCGGCCCAAGCCCAAAUUCUUUGUGUAGUUUACUUAAGAUUGUAGAAUUGGUGCUAUUUCCAACCAUGUUUUUGCUCGUUUCGGUUCUCUAGUUUUGUAUGUGUUGGUAGGAAGAAAUGUGUCAUGUAAGCAUAAAACAGGUAAGGAAAUAGCUAUAUUUAAUUUGGAAAAAGGUAAUUAUUAAUAGUAUAAAGUGUGGUUUAAAUUAUCUUAA